CGGAGACUGGCGGGGGCCUGACUUCCGCUCCUGCGCCGCGGGCCUUCCGGAAUGUAUGCCUUCUGCGCUCUGGGGCUUGUGACAGAGCUCUGCCACUACCGGAAAAGAUAUGGAUCAGAAACUCUCACAGUUGAUAGAGGAGCUCACAACUUCAGGAGAAUCCCAACUGAAUGCUCAGAAAAUGAAGGAACUGAAGAAAAUUUGCAAGUCUUCAGAGGAGCAGCUGAGCCAUGCUUACCACCUGCUGAAGACACAGCUGACCCAAGACCAUGCUGAGAUACGCCUCUCGGCCUUCCAGAUCGUGGAUGAGCUCUUCACCAGGUCUCAUCAGUUCAGAGUGCUGCUUGUUUCUGACUUCCAGGAAUUCCUAGAGCUCACCCUAGGCACAGAUAAUGACCAUCCCCUGCCACCCCCACGGGAGGCAGCCCAGAGGCUAAAGCAAGCAGCCAUGCAGGCUGUAGAAGGUUGGAAUGAGAAGUUUGGGGAGGCCUAUAAGAAGCUAGCCUUGGGCUACCACUUCUUAAAACACACCAAAAAGGUGGAUUUUCAGGAUGUCAAUGCUAGGACUGUGGCAGAAAGGAAGCGAGAAGAGGAGAAGCAGAAGCACUUGGAUAAAAUCCACAGAGAAAGUGCUGAACGGGCUAAGAGGGAAAUGGAAGAAAUGUCUGAUGAAAUCAGAUGCUGCCUGACAGAAGUGGAAAACUGCUUUAAGCUGCUGGUGCCCUUGGACUUGGGCCCAUACCCAGAGGAUAAAUUCUUUGGUGAGGCAACUUCUCAUGAGUCUGAUCUCCCUGGAUCCCAGAAUGAAGAGCAGCCAUGCUGUAGCAAGGACCUGGUUGCCUCUACAUACCAUGUAGAAUCUGUUGUUGGUCUGAAGGCACUAGCCCAGUCAUCCAUGCAAGACCCCUCCAGGGAUGAGGAUGAGCACAGUGACCCAGAGGAGUUCCUGAGGAGCCAUGGGCUGGGAUCCCACAAGUACACACUGGACGUGGAACUCCCCUCAGCAUACAGGUCCUUUCUGGAGACCCUGCCUAGCAGGCAUUUGAAGGAAAUGAAGAGCCUGUCAAGAAAAGGCAGAAUGGCAGGGGUCACUGAGACCCUGGAACCAACAGGUGAAGACAGUCCUGAGAGAAAGACAAGAGAAGGUGGCUCUGGGAGAUCUAGCCCUCUGGAUGGUCUAAAGGUCCUAGAGAAUGAAGACAACCUUGCUGUCCUCCAUGCUGCUCGAGACUCGCUCAGACUCAUCCAGAUCAAGUUUCUGCCAGCUGUGUGCUCCUGGGUCCAGCGGUUUACCCGUGCAGGGAUCUACAGUGAACACUUAAAACAGGCCAUUGACCUGAAAAUGGAAUUGGAACUUGCUCUGAAGAAAUAUGAGGAACUGAACAUCAAGCCUGAGAGAGGACAGAGGAGCAGGACAGAAGCCCUGGAGGACAGCGAGGAUGAGGAUCAGGACUUUGUGGAGGUCCCAGAGAAAGAAGGUUAUGAGCCUCGAAUCCCUGACCACCUCCGGGCUGAAUAUGGGCUGGAGCCCAAGGCCCCACUGAAGACUCUGGAGAAAGGUCCAGCUGUGUGCAGCUUACAGGAGAGGACAAGGAUGAGAAAGGAAGAGGAGGCAUCAGACCCCACCUCUGCAGCUGCCCAGCUGUUGCGGCUCCAGGACUGUUUGCCGUCCAACUCACCCUCCUCUAUGAGGGUAUUCCUGGGGCCAGAGGAAGCCCAGAAGCAGGCAGAAUGGGCCCGAGCACCUAUUGUACCCUUUGGAGUGGACCUGUGCUACUGGGGCCAGGAGAAGCUGACAUCGGGAAAGAUCCUUAAAUCUGACUCUCAACACCGCUUCUGGAAACCCAGCGAGAUAGAAGAGGAGGUGGACAGUGCCCAGGUUUCUGAGAUGCUCCAUAGCCGACACAUUACCUUUGCAGGGAAGUUUGAGCCUGUGCAGCACCAGUGCCGGGCCCUGAGGCCUAAUGGCAAGCUCUGCGAACGACAGGAUCGGCUCAAGUGCCCAUUCCAUGGGAAGAUCAUCCCCAGAGAUGACAAGGGGCAGCCCCUCAACCCAGAGGACAGAGCCCGUGAGCAAAGGCAACAGCUUCAGCGGCAGCAGGCACAUCCAGAUUGGCAGGACCCUGAGUUUAUGAAGGAUGUGGAGGCAGCCACAGGGGUGGACCUCGGCUCAUCAAAGUACAGCAAGAAGGGCAAAGGGAAAAAGAAGAAGCACCCCAAUCUCACUGACCUUCGAGAGCAUGCCAACACCACCAGGGCCCGCCUAGAGAAGAAGAUCUUUGCCAAGGCAGCUGUGCAGAGAGUAGUUGCUGCCAUGAACCAGAUGGACCAGAAGAAACAUGAGAAGUUUGCAAACCAAUUUAAUUAUGCACUGAAUUAAAGGGGUAUGGGAUGAAUGUG